GUUCAUGGUGGUGAACGCAUCGGGCAGGGCGUCCGGGCAGAAGGCUCACCUCUACAUGCCCACCCUGAAGGAGAACGACACCCACUGCAUCGACUUCCUGUACUCACUGUCCAGCAGGGACGGAGCCAGCCCAGGCACACUCAACGUCUACAUCAAGGUGAACGGAGGAGCUCAGGGGAACCCGGUGUGGAACGCCUCCGACACGGUGACCGAAGGCUGGGUGAAGGCCGAACUCGCCAUCUCUACAUUCUGGCCCAACUCCUAUCAGUUCUGGUCUGCGGCCACGUAAACAGUCUGAACUGCAGGAUGGGAUUUUUAUCCUCAGAGGAUGAAUCGCUGCCAAGACUAAAAGAGAGGAAACACAGGAACAGAG